AUGACGUCCUCGGGGACGGCCGCGCAGCAGCUGCCGCGGACGGAGGCGCGGUCGCUGUCGGGUCACGAGGGGGCGGUGCUGGCCGUGCGGUUCAACCGGGACGGCAACUACUGCCUGAGCUGCGGCAAGGACCGCACGCUCCUCCUCUGGAACCCUCACACCGGCGCCCACGUCAAGACCUACAAGUCCCACGCCCGCGAGUCCUUCAAGAUGGAUUCUUGUCUGACGAAUGAUGAUGCAUUUGUUGUCGGCGGAUCUGAAGAUGGUUAUAUUUUCUUCUGGGAGUUAGUGGAUGCACCUGUUGUUGCAAGAUUCAGGGCACAUAGUUCUGUGGUAACUAGCAUCAGUUACCACCCAACGAAGGCCUGCAUGUUGACAUCUUCUGUGGAUGGCUCUAUUCGUGUUUGGACCUGA